GGCGGGGUUGGGGUGGGCUCAUCGCUAGCCCCGCCCCCGCCCUAGGCCCGUACCCGGAUAAAGUUCCAGGUCAAUCACUGAAACCGGUCGCAGAACUAACUGCACGAGCAGCACCAUGCCCGUGACACUGGGCUACUGGGACAUCCGCGGGCUGGCUCACGCCAUCCGCCUGCUCCUGGAAUACACAGACACCAGCUAUGAGGAAAAGAGAUACACCAUGGGGGAUGCUCCCGACUAUGACCGAAGCCAGUGGCUGAGUGAGAAAUUCAAGCUGGGCCUGGACUUCCCCAAUCUGCCCUACCUGAUUGAUGGCACUCACAAGCUCACCCAGAGCAAUGCCAUCCUGCGCUACCUCGGCCGCAAGCACAACCUGUGUGGGGAGACGGAAGAGGAGAAGAUUCGCGUGGACAUUCUGGAGAACCAGGCUAUGGAUGUUUCCAAUCAGCUUGCUGCGGUCUGCUACAGCCCAGACUUUGAGAAGCAGAAGCCGGAGUACUUGAAGGGAAUCCCUGACAUGUUGAAGCAAUUCUCACAGUUCCUGGGGGAUCAGCUAUGGUUUGCGGGGAACAAGAUCACUUUUGUGGAUUUCCUCACUUACGAUGUCCUUGACCUGCACUGCGUAUUUGUCCCCAGCUGUCUGGAGGCGUUCCCAAACCUGAAGGCCUUCGUGUCUCGCUUUGAGGACCUGCCAAAGAUCUCUGCUUACAUCAAGUCCAGCCGCUUCCUCCCGAGACCCUUGUACACAAAAGUGGCCACGUGGGGCAACAAGUAGGGCAGGAGAUUGGAGUGGGGAGCACGGCUCAGCCAGCUGCUGCCUGGGAGCCGAUGGGUACAUCCAUCUCCCUGCUCCCCUGGCCUGGCCUUCUCUUGCCAUUCUGCUUUCAAUUCCCCUCUCAUCCCCAGGGCUUCGCUGGCCCUCUCCCCUCCUACCUGGUUUGUGUCCCUUUCAGGUGCCUUAAAGCCUUAUUUCCCUCCCUGAACAAAACCAUGUCCUGCACUGAGGCUACCCAUUGUCCUGCCCACCAGUGGCUGUGACUGCGGUGUGGUGGCUACCCCAACUCUGCCUGAUCCCCACUAAAGAAGUCUGAAGCACA